AUGACCCUGAACGAGUUAAAGUACUCCCCAAUUAAGAAGCUGUGUUUGGCACUUGUGUUCGCCAUUAAAAAGUUCAAGCAUUACUUUGAAGCCCAUACCAUCCGGCUUGUUUCCAAAGCGAACCCAGUAAAAUAUGUUAUGGCGAAGGUCGUUCUCUCCGACCGCCUUGCAAGGUGGUACUUAUGGAAGUUGUCUGAUGAUCUACCUGAUGAAGAUGUGCUUAUCAUUGAAGUCCUACCCCCAUGGAAGAUGUAUUUUGAUGGAGCUGCGCAUAGAGGAAGGGCAGAAGCUGGAGUUGUUUUCAUCACACCGGAAGAUGAAGCGUUGCCAUAUUCUUUCACCUUGACAGAGCCCUGUUCAAACAAUGUUACUGAGUAUCAAGCAUUGAUACUGGGACUAGAGAUAGCAGUUGACAUGAAACAACUGAGAAUUAACAUUUAUGAAGAUUUAGCGUUGAUCGUCAACCAAGUGAUGGGUCUACACAAAGUCAAGAAAGAAGAGUUAGUCCCAUCCAACAACUAUGCGAGGAUACUCAUACAAUGGUUGGGUGAUGUCACGAUUGAACAUGUACCGAGGAAAGAGAACAAGCAAGUUGACGCCUUAGUUGCAUUGGCUUCAACUAUUGCUCAUCCUACAGCUCGAGUACAAGUAUGUCAAAAGUGGGUAGUUCCACCUAUCUUCAAUGAAAAUGGCUCAAUCGAUGAAACUGUUGAACUCCAUGCUGCUUCCGUUUAUGACAUUGGCCAAGAUGACUAG